AGCCCACGGAACCAAUCAGACGGAGAUUGAGAUUGAAAGCGGGGGUCGUCUGCGGGCAAAUUUGUUAUUCUUCAGAGAAAAAUACAAAUAUAAUUCAGAAUUUAUUCAACAAAAAAUAGCGGAGGCCUUGGGCGAGGAAGAGGAGCCGUCGGUGAGAGGCUGUAACGCUGCCCUUGAGUGAGGCCCCGUUACCUUCGUCGGGCCGGCGCCGGGCGCUGGCUGCUGCCGGUUGUCCGAGGCACAGGCCUCGAUCCCCUUGCCCAAGUGUUUCCUUCAGCCCUCUCCACCUCCACACCUGCCAGGGAUAGGGGAUACAUUCCAAUUCAUAAUGAAGAUCUCUUGGCCGCUGAGUCACAGGCUAUUUAUCUCCCCAGCCCACUGGCAGUUCUUCUGCUCGAUCAUAACUCUGCUACUUAUGGAGUUUGCUGCCCCAGAACAGAGCUCCUGUCAGAUUUGCCGUCAUAUUGUUGAGAACUUCAGAAAGGGAAUGGAGAAAACUGCAAACAAGAAUUUUGGUGGUGGGAACAGUGACUGGGAGAAGAAAAAUUUGGCAAAGUAUGAAAUCAGUGAGACUCGUCUGCUAGAGAUCAUCGAGAUGCUCUGUGAAAGCAUGAAUUUUGAUUGUAAUCAGAUGGUGGAACAAAGUGAAGAGCACAUUGAAAAUUGGUGGUUCACAAAGCAGGAAGAGCACCCAGAUCUGUUCCAGUGGCUUUGUAUGGAUACCACCAAAGUAUGCUGUUCCGCUGGGACUUUUGGACCUGAAUGUCUACCAUGUGCAGGUGGAUCAACAAAGCCAUGCAGUGGAUAUGGUCGAUGUGAUGGUGAUGGAACACGGUCUGGGACUGGUCUGUGUAAUUGUAAUCAAGGUUAUGCUGGUUCUGUAUGUAUGGAGUGUGCUGAUGGAUACUUUGAAGAGUUAAGGAAUGAUAGCCACUUGGUAUGUAAAGAAUGCUACAAAUCCUGCAAGAAGUGCACAGGCCCUGAGGACUAUAAAUGUCAAGAAUGCAGAGUUGGUUGGUUCUUCCACGAAGACAAAUGCUUAGAUAUUGAUGAGUGUGACACAGAGCUGCCAAGCUGCAAGGCUGGUCAGUAUUGUGUGAACACAGAAGGCUCCUAUGACUGCAGAGGUUGUGACAAAGCCUGUUUGACCUGCAUGGGGGCUGGACCCAGUAGAUGUAAGAAGUGUAAUAAAGGCUAUCGGAUGGAGGGAGCCAAGUGUCUGGAUAUCGAUGAGUGCAACAGUGAGAAACCAAUCUGUAGUGGUGCACAUGAAGAGUGUAAAAACAUGGAAGGCAGCUAUACUUGUGGAUGCACCGAGGGGUAUUCUAAACAAAAUGGUGUUUGUGUUGAGGACAAACUGUCUCCAGUCCCUGAAGAAGGUCUCUUUGACAAUGUCACUGAGGACGAGAUGGUAGUCUUACAGCAAAUGUUUUUUGGUGUCAUCAUAUGUGCGCUGGCAACACUUGCAGCAAAGGGAGACAUGGUCUUCACUUCCAUCUUCAUUGGAGCUAUUGCAGCAACUGCUGGAUACUGGUUAUCAGAGAAAUCAGACCGUCUUGUGGAUGGAUUUCUUAAAGGAAAAUAAUGCCGAAUAUAAUUUAAGAAAAAUCAAUCAGAUAAUUAUCUGUGGUAAUAGCUGACUCAAAAAAAAAACUGUCUUAUUACCCAGCGGACUGCUUUAGAAGAGCCAGUGGUUGAGAAUACCAUUUGAAAUUAUGGGUAAAAUAUCAAUCUAUCAAUAAUGAAUUCAACAUAAACUGCAUGUUUGAAAACAGAAGGCAUGGUGAGCUGUCCCUGUCAGUACAACCCUCAUGCUUGUACUUUUUCAUGAAUACUGAGGUUAGGUAAAUUAUACAAUGAUGUAACUUUCUGAGUAAUCCACUAAUUUAUUGCAGAAUGCUGCUGCAUGGGCUUGGUCCACAUACUUAGUUAUCGGAGAAGAAAUUUCACUUACUUUUCAAGUAAGUCAUGCUUCCAAUUAUAAAACAUGUUAUUUUUGGAAAAAUAGCCCAAGUACAGCCAGGUAGAUCAUGGAUUUGUUAAAUAAACUUAUUGGUGUGUAAUUUUCACUCCUUGACUGACAGUGGGCUGGCUAAUUAUCUGAUGCCACUCUGUACAUCUUUAAGUUUAUGACCACUGGAUUGAGUCUAGAGAUCUCAUUCAAACAUUUUCUUCUCCUGUUAAAAGUUGUAUUAAAUACAUGGGAAUUGAGCACGUAAUCAAUGUCAGGCACCAAAUGAAUACAGAUCUCAUUGAAGUUUUUGCACUAGCAAAACAAUAUGUUCCUUGGUUUUUUGAUGGAGAACUGGUUAGAAGAUAACUCACACAGUUGAUAUCCUGUUCUGUUAGUAACUUAUUUGUUUCUUUGACCCACUGAAGUGAUCAUGUUAUGAAAACUUAAAUUUUGAAAUGCUGAUUAAGCAACAGACAUCAGUUGGGUUUGCAGGAUAGGAGUGUUAGUAAGAUGUGGUAGGUGAUGACUAGCUAUCUAACAAAUGAAGGGGAUGAAAUGUGAAUUGGCCUUGAGUCAUGCAGUUGGAAGGGGUGAAUCUGUUAACAGCAUCUGUGUUGGGCCAAGUUUUGGGAGGGAGCUAAUCAACUGCUUUAUUGUGAAGCUAAAUAGCGAUCUUACAAACAGUAGAAUGACUAUGUUGUAUUGUACUUGCCUUCUAGACGAGAACACCAGUAACCUUGUGAUUUUAAAAUGGAAAGGGCAAUAUGUCAGACUCAAUUGGGUUUAACACUGAAUAAGAAAUGUAUGAUGCUCUUUUUGGAGGGAAAUGUAUGCAUAUUUUUAAAGCACAUCUGGAAAGCCUGAUCAAAAAAGCAAACUGGCAUCAUCAUUGCCUCUGUUCAAAUUGUAAUGGUGAGUAUUUUUGGAGUUAUAUCCAUAAUCUCUCUGAUAUUAAUCCAUUAAAUAAAACUGACAGAGCUGCUAUAAACUGGGAUUGACCCUUGCACUGAAAAAGGAUUUGGUUUUAUUGUUACCGAUUUUGUAAAUAGUCCAAUCUCUCUAUUACCUAAACAUUAAUUUAAAUAUGGGAAUUGGGUUAUUGCUUUUCUGUGUAAUGUCUCCAUUGCAACUGGCUUAUUGGGUUUAAAGUUCAUGGAUGCUAAAAGCUUUGUAAUGUGGGGAGAAUAAGUCUUUGUGAACUAUUCCAUUGUGGGGAAAUCACUUGAUGCUGGUCAGCAGGGCAAGUGAAUAUCAAGACUAACUUGGUUGAUUUUUGUUUGUGACAAUUUCCCCAAGCUUUGGGCUGCAAAAUCAGUAACUCUGCACACAAUACAAAGCUAAGUUGGAUAGGUUCAGGACACUUAACUGUGCUGCUUGGUAUAAUGCAUAAUUGUAGGAAUGCGUACGUCAUUUCCUUGGGUUUGUAACGUAGAGAUAUAGAUUUCAUAGCUUUAUAUUUAUGUCUUUAUCACUGCCUUGAUAGUCAUUUGGGGAUAAUGUUGUGCUUGAGUUUUCAGAAAAUAAGUUGUGAUAUAAUCAGAAACAAAAUGAUGGAUGUGUCAAUCAGCAACUGUGAAGAGAAAGGAUUAGUUGAUUGUAUCUGGAAAAAGGACAAAGAGCUUGUAUUUUUGUGCUCAACAAAAGUCACCAAUGACUUUUCAUCCCUUCACCCAUAUUUGUUCUGUAUCUUCAGCAGGUUUUAUUUCUGAUUUCCUGUAUUGGAUUUUUGUUGUAUUUUAUUUGUAUCAGAUUUGAUGUGAUUUGUCGGCAAAAUCUCUUGUUUAAUACUGUGAUACAGCAGAAUCCUUGUAGGAUUUUGAGGUCUACCUUUUGUUAUCUAAUGUAAUUGAUUAUUCUAAAUACAUUUUAAUAGGAUGUUGGUAUGCUCUCACAUUGAUAAAUUGAAGGAUUGUAAUCAAAAGAUUGUUUUGUCAUUGAGAUGCAUAUUAAAUUCUGUUAACAGGCCCCCUUGUUAAAACUGUAUUACCAAAGUUGCUAUUUUUAAUGAACUUUUCUUUGUUUUUGAUUCAAACAAAUAAUGCAAGCGGUAUGUGAUAGGGUUGGUCUACAAUCUCUAAUUAUUUAUUUUCCCUAUUUUUAAGGAAAUAAGACCUGUAAUAUUUUAUUUUAAUGGUUGGUCUCAAAAAUUAGUGCUGUUGUUUUAUCCUUUGUUUUAUAGUUAAAUAUCUGUACCCUAAUUGCAGCUGUUCCAACUAUUGUUGGAAGUAUCAACACUGAAAUUGCCUUUUGCAUCUGCACUGAUAUUGCCUUUGUUUAUUUGUGAAGGUAAAAUAGGAUCACACCCUGUCCCCGUCAGUAGAGCUGAUCUAGUUUGGCCCAUGACUAUCCAUUCUGAAAAUAUACUGUUUACAUCUGAAUUCUAGGACAUAUCACAUGUCAUUGGACUGCUUGAUGCAACUUUCUAUUUUCGACAAAGAUUAUUAAAAUGUAUAUUUAAAGACAAUAAGCCUUGAAUAUUGAAGUUUGUACCUUCUGAAUCUUUAGUUAGUCAAUCUAUAAUUGUGUACAUGAUUAUGUUGCACACUUCUUGUUGGAGCUAGCUAGAUAAACUGGUGGUUAACAUCUCAGAUUCUGUUUUGGCAUAUGACACUGACAUUUAUUUCCCUGGUAUUUUCCUAUAUUUGAAUAUCAGAGAUAUGAACUGUCAUAAGUUCAUACAAAGUGAUCUGCAACAUUUAAUUUGAUGAUUCAACCAUUUGUAAUGUAUCCAGGUUCAUCAUUGGGAACUAGCUAAAAUACAAUCCCAACUUUGGAAGUUUCCCAAUUGGGUUUGAAAUCAACUCUGAUCAAUAUUGGUUAAUAAUGUAGACCUUUUGAUGAAUAGGGUUGGGAAUUUUAUUUCUUUUAAUUAAAUUUGAGCUCUUCCCACUUUUUUUUUUAAAGGCAUACUCUAGGUACAUAGACAAAAUGCUGGAGGAACUCAGCAGACCAGACAGCAUCUAGGGAAAAGAGUACAGUCGAUGUUUCAGGCCGAAAACCUUUGGCAGGACUCUAGGAAUGCCUUUUUUAGUAGUGGGAUGAGUUCAAAUGAAAUAUAAUGUUGUAAAAUACAGGGCAGGGUAAAUCUUCAAACACCUGGAGCUGCUAGCACUGAAAUUCUAUUUAAAAAUCAAAUCAACACUUUAUGCUAUAUAUCAUCAAGAUUGUGAUGCUUGUUUUCUUUUGUCCCCAAAAGCUCUGAUAUCAUUCAUAUUGGAGUGAAACACUGCUUCAUACUGUGAUAGCAAGAAGCAGUGUCUGUGCUGGAGAACAGUGGAUGAAAUAUUUUUAUUUUAUUUUAGAGAUACGGCUCAGAAUAGGUCAUAGAAACAUAGAAAACCUACAGCACAAUACAGGCCCUUCAGCCCUCAGUGCUGUGCCGAACAUGUACGUACUUUAGAAACUACCUAGGGUUACCCAUAGCCCUCUAUUUUUCUAAGCUCUGUGUACCUAUCCAGGAGUCUCUUAAAAGACCCUAUUGUAUCUGCUUCCACCAUCGUCACCGGCAGCCCAUUCCUCACACUCGCCUCUCUCUGCAUUAAAAACAAAAAAAAUUACCUAUCAUCUCCUCUGUACCUACUUCCAAGCAGCUUAAAACUGUCCCCUCUCGUGUUAGCCAUUUAAAUGCCUGUCAUCACUUUAUACACCUGGAUCAGGUCCUCCAUCGCUCCAAGGAGAAAAGGCCAAGUUCACUCAACCUAUUCUCAUAAGGCAUGCUGCCUAAUCGAGGCAACAUCCUUGUAAAUCUCUGCACCCUUUCUAUAGGUUCCACAUCCUUCCUGUAGUGAGGUGACCACUGAGCACAGUACUCCAAGUGGGUUCUGACCAGGGUCCAAUACAGCUGUAACAUUAACUCUUUGCUCUUGAACUCAAUCCCACGGUUGAUGAAGGCCAAUACACCAUAUGCCUUAACCACACAGUCAACCUGCGCAGCACUUUGAGUGUCCUAUGGACUUGAACCUCAAGAUCCCUCUGAUCCUCCACACUGCCAAGAGUCUUACCAUUAAUAUUAUAUUCUGCCAUCAUAUUUGACCUACCAAAAUGAACGACCUCACACUUAUCUAGGUUGAACUCCAUCUGCCACUUCUCAGCCCAGUUUUGCAUCCUAUCAAUGUCCCACUGUAAUCUUUGACAGCCCUCUGUACUAUCCACAGCACCCCCAACCUUUGUGUCAUCAGCCAAUUUACUAACCCAUCCCUCCACUUCUUCAUCCAGGUCAUUCAUAAAAAUCACAAAGAGAAGGGGUCCCACAACAGAUCCCUAAGACACACCACAGAUCACAGACCUCCAUGCACAAUGUGACCUGUCUACAAGCCUUCUGUGGGCAAGCCAAUUCUGGAUCCACAAAGUCCCCUUGGAUUCUAUGUCUCCUUGCUUUCUCAAUAAGCCUUGCAUGGGGUACCUUAUCAAAUGCCUUGCUGAAGUCCAUAUACACUACAUCUACUGCUCUACCUUCAUUAAUGUGUUUAAUCACAUCCUCAAAAAAAUUCAACAGGCUCGUAAGGCAUGACCUGCCUUUGACAAAGCUAUGCUGACUAUUCCUAAUCAUAUUAUGCCUCUCCAAAUGUUCAUAAAUCCUGCCUCUCAGGAUCUUCAUCAAUUUACCAACCAUUGAAGUAAGACUCACUGGUCUAUAAUUUCCUGGGCUAUCUCUAUUCCUAUUCUUGAAUAAGGGAACAACAUCAACAACACUCCAAUCCUCCGGAACCUCUCCUGUCCCCAUUGAUGAUGCAAAGAUCAUUGCCAGAGGCUCUGCAAUCUCCUCCCUCACCUCCCACAGUAGCCUGGGGUAUAUCUCAUCUGGUCCUGGUGACUUAUCCAACUUGAUGCUUUCCAAAAGCUCCAGCACAUCCUCUUUCUUAGUAUGUACAUGCACAAGCUUUUCAGUCCAAUGUAAGUCAUCCCUACAAUCACCAAGAUCCUUCUCCGUAGUAAAUACUGAAGCAAAGUAUUCAUUAAGUACCUCUGCUACCUCCUCUGGUUCCAUAGACACUUUUCCACUGUCACACUUGAUUGGUCCUAUUCUCCCAUAUCUUAUCCUCUUGCUCUUCACAUACUUGUAGAAUGCCUUGGGGUUUUCCUUAAUCCUGCUUGUCAAGGCCCCUUCUGGCUCUCCUAAUUUUAUUCUUAAGCUCCUUCCUGCUAGCCUUAUGAUCUUCUAGAUCUCUAUCAUUACCUAGUUUUUUAACCUUUCAUAAGCUUUUCUUCUUGACUAGAUUUUCUACAGCCUUUGUACACCAUAGUUUCUGUAACCUGCCAUCCUUUCCCUGUCUCAUUGGAAUGUAUCUAUGCAGAAUGCCACGCAAAUAUCCCCGAACAUCUGCCACAUUUCUGCUGUAUUUCCCUGAGAACAUCUGCUUGCAAUUUAUGCUUCCAAGUUCCUGCCUGAUAACCUCAUAUUCCCCCUUACUCCAAUUAAGCGUUUUCCUAAUUUGUCUGUUCCUAUCCCUCUCCAAUGCUAUGGUAAAGGAGACAGAAUUGUUAUCACUUCCACUGAAAUGCUCUCCCACUGAGAGACUUGACACCUGACCAGAUUCAUUUCUCAUUACCAGAUCAAGUACAGCCUCUCCUCUUGUAGGCUUAUCUACAUACUGUGACAGGAAACCUUCCUGAACACAUCUAACAAACUCCACCCCAUCUAAGACCCUUGCUGUAGGGCGGUGCCAAUCAAUAUUGGGGAAGUUAAAAUCUCCCAUCACAACAACCCAGUCUUUCGAACAGUGCCGGUUAGUGACCUCUGACAAUCUAACCCUCACCUCGUCAUGGGACAAUUUGCAAUGAGCAAUUAACCUACUACCACAGUCUUUAGACGGUAGGAGGAAACCACAGCACUUGGAGAAAAGCAGAAGUCUAGUACAUCUUGACACCAAUGACAUGGGUAAGGAAAGUGAGGAUACAGGACCAGAGGUAUCAUAUUUUAAUGAAUACAAUAUAUGGAAUAGGAUAGCUGAUCUUGUAGCGCAGUCAGAGAUUGUGGGCAUCACUGAGUCAUGGCUGAAAGAAAUUGUAGUUGGGAGCUUAACAUCCAAGGAUUGUAUCAAAAGGAUAGUCAGGUAGGCAGAAGGGUUGGCAUGGUUCUUUUGGUUUAAAAAAAAAAAAAUGAAAUCAACUCCUUAGAAGGAUGUGACAUAGAAUUGUAAGAUGUAGAAUCCUUGUGGGUAGAGUUAAGAAACUACAAGGUAAAACAACCCUGAUGGGAGUUGUAUACAGGCCUCUGGUAGCCACAAUGUGAGCUACAAAUUACAAUGGGUGAUAGAAAAAGCAUGUCAAAAAGCCAAUGUUAUGAUAGCCAUGGGAGAAUUCAAUAUGCAACUAAGUUGGGAAAAUCAUUUUGAUGUUGGAUCCCAAGAGAUGGAAUUUGUAGAAUGCCUACAAGAUGACUUUUUAGAGUAGCUUGUGAUUGAGCCUAUUGGGAGAUCAGCUAUUCUGGAUUGUGUGUUGAAUAAUGAACUGGAUUUGAUUGGGGAGCUUAAGGUAAAGGAACACUUGCGAGACAGUGAUCAUAAUAUGAUAGACUUUGCCCUGCAAUUUGAGAGGAAGAAGCAAAAGUCAGAUCUAUGAGUAUUACAGUGGAGUAAAGAGAAUUACAGAGGCAUGGGAGCAGAGCUGGCCAAAAUGGAUUGGAAGGUGGGAUUGACAGCACAACACCAAUAGCUGGAGUUUCUGGGAGCAAUUCAGAAGGUACAGGAUAGAAACAUCCCAAAAAGUAAGUAUUCUAAAGGGAAAAUGAUGCAACUGUGACUACCAAGGGAAAUCAAAGCCAAUAUAAAAGUAAAAGAGAGGGCAUAAAAUAAAACAAAAAUUGUGGGAAGUUUGAGGAGUGGGAAACGUUUUAAAAACCAACAGAAGGUAACUAAAAAGCCAUAAGGAGGGAAAAUAUGAAGUAUGAAGAUAAGCUAGCCAAUAAUAUCGGAUGGUUUUUUUUCAGAUGGUUUUUUUAUGAUCAUGCACUUUGGUAGAAGGAAUAAAAGCAUAGACUAUUUUCUAAAUGGAGAAAUUUCAAAAAUCCAAAGUUCAAUGGGACUUGGGGGUCCUUAUGCAAGAUUUGCUGAAAGGUAAAUUUGCAGGUUAAAUCACUGGUGAGGAAGGCAAUGUUAGCAAACAAUGUUAGCAUUCAUUUCAAGAGGACUAAAAUAUAAAAGCAAGGGUGUAAUGCUGAGGCUUUAUAAGGCAUUGGUGAGGCCUCACUUGGAAUAUUAUAUGCAGUUUUGGACCCCUUAUUUAGGAAAGGAUGUGCUGACAUUGGAGUGGGGUCAGAGGAGGUUCACAAGAAUCAUUAUGGGAAUUAUAGUCUUAUUGUAUGACGAGCAAUUGAUGGCUUUGGGCCUUUAUUCACUGAAAUUUAGAAGACUGAAGGGGAUCUCAAUGAAAUAUUGAAUGUUGAAAGGCCUAGAAAGACUGGAUAUGGAGAGGAUGUUUCCUAUAUUGGGGGAAUCUAGGAGCAGAGCGCACAGCCUCAGUAGAGGAAUGUGUAUUUUGAAUGGAGGUGAGGAGGAAUUUCUUUCGCCAGAUGGUGAUGAAUCUGUGGAAUUUAUUGCCACAGGUGGCUGUGAAGGCCAGGUAAUUUGGUGUAUCUAAAGUGGAGGCUGUAAGUUCUUGAUUAGUUAGGGCGUGAAAGGUUAAAGGCAGGAGAAUGGAGUUGAGAGGGAAAUUGUUCAGCCAUGAUGAAAUGGCAGAGCAGGCUCAAUGGGCCGAAUGGCCUACUUUUGUCUUGUGCCUUGUGAUCUAAAACCCAUGCUUUCCAGAGGGAGAACAUACAAGCUCCUUACAGAGGACACCCUGAGCUUGAAUAGCAUCAUGCUAGCUGCCAUGCUACCAUGGUGUCCAAAUAGUAAAUGAAUAAAUCAUGAGAGAGAACAAUAUUAUAGCUGUACCGUCAUCCUUUAUGAGAACCCUUAGUAUUAGUGCAUAACUACAACAACCUCCAUCCGAAAAGGUAAUUGCUAACAACAUUGUCAAUUAACGCACUGGAAUACCUCAGCCUGUUUAGCAUUGCUGGGAAGAAAGUUGCUCCAGAUUCUAGCACUUGCAGUAUCUUGUGUCAACAUUGUCAAUCACCUGGUUUAAGUGGAAACGCUGACUCCUGCUUCAUGCUUCCAUGACUGAUCUAAUUGGCUUCCUUCAAAAAUGCAUUUGAAAUGGCUGAUGAGGAAAUUUGCAGUGAAGGUUCUGAUCUUUUUAAAUGUGAGACAUCCUGUGGCUUUAGAGUUGUAUAUUAAUAGCACAAAACUAUAUUGUGAAAACUUUGAGCACAGCUAAAGAUCGAGAACUUAAACUUUCAAUUUCUUGAUGUAAAUUUUCAAAAAUUGACUGCAAUAAAGAUGCUAAAUAUUUGCAUUCCCAUUACAGGUGAGCUAAUGUUCUUCUUGUGGCUGCCAAUUUGAUCAGCUAUGUAUUUUGAACAAUAAGCUACAGUUUAUUGAUGAGUGUGAUGUUCGGUUUCCUUAUGGUGGAAAUGCAAGCCUUUAGUUUGUGUUUCCAACUUUGCUGCCCAAAUAUUGGAUGGCAUGGUGCUGAAAACAAAAUCUGCAUAUUACAUCCAUUUUUACCUGGAGUUUUUUUGUGCUAAUCCAGAUGCAAAGUGCAAAAUUAUGCUCAACCUGUCCCAUGUGGUCUUCAGGAAGAAUGCAUUUGGGUCUUAAAUUUUUGAAGGCCGCCAACAUUGCUGUAACAUUUGUGACAAAAGAACCAGUUAUCAGAAGAUUGAUGCCGAUAAGAGGACAAUGGGGGAACAUUCAAAAUGCUAAUAAGAGAGAGAUGAGAGAGAUUACCGAAAGGAGACACAGUUCCGAGUAUUGUCAGAGACCGGUUGCUUUGAAAUGUCUGAAGUUUGAUGGACAGGCGAUAGCCCAGCAGGGGGAUAAAAAGGGCAGGUUCACUAAGGCAGGAAACACACGACUCCACGAGGUAACGAGACCCUGGAAGCGGCCCCCACAAGUUGGUGGGAGUUUUGGAGGUCUGGUCGCGGGACCGGGCAUAGACGCACAGGGUAGAAAGGUACGGGUCGGCGGAAACCCGGUGUGUGUGUCCGCCCUUGCCUGGGUGCUGGGUUCACCGCGGAAGAACGAUCGUAUCUGGAACGGAGGAGUCACAGUCGGUUUCCUCAGAAGACAUUACAAAGGGCUCGCCCGAAAGCUAACUGCGAGGAAUAUCGAAGGUCUGUUUGGAAUCUGUUUUGAAUAUUCAUUCGCUUUCGCUCUCUCUCUUCUCCCCGCCCCAACGGCACAACAGCGAUUACUGCGAACUGAACUGAACUAAAUUGAACUGAACUUUGCGUCACUUGAAACUGAUCAUUUACCCCUAGACUGCGAUAGAGCUUGAUUGAUCCUAUUAUCCUAGUUCUGUGUACAUGCGUGUUUUAUCAUUGCUAAACUGUUGCAUUUAUAUCCUUUUGAUUAGAGUACUGUGUUGCUUAUUUCUUUAAUAAAACUUUCUUAGUUCCAGUAAUCCAGACUCCAACUAAGUGGUCCAUUUCUGCUGGUUUGGCAACCCAGUUACGGGGUACGUAACACAUUCUACAGGAGCAUCUUUAUGUUCAAAUCUUUGUGCAUAAACUACUGUCUCCAAGAAGGUCAAAGACAAUGGUUCAGAAUUUUACCAGCUACUGCAGAGCUCAGCUGUACACUACAGCUCAUCACUAGCUCAUAUAGGAUAUACUCAUCACUAGGUCCCAUAGGGUGUCCAGCUCAUCACCAGGUCAUAUAGGAUAUUCAGGCACUGUUAGCAAAUAAGCUAUUUCAUUUGUCCUGAUUUCAGUGAGUACAAAGUAGCUUUUCCAGCACUGAGAUUUGCCAGUGUUUCUGGAUGUCUGUACACUUGUCAAUGUAGAGUUCACUUUGAAUUACAGAUACAUUUUCCUCAUGAUGAGUUCUGUGAUUCUGGUGAAACACAGUGGCACAGCUAAAGCUGCCAUUGUUACAACCUCUGCAUCGGUUGGCCCAGAUCUUCACUCUUCUCCUGGAGGCAGGUUAUUUGUUCACAUACUAAGUAGGGCUCUGUUCAUAAUGAAGGCAUUUGUGUGGAAAUUUGAUAAGGCCACAUGAUAUAGGAGCAGAAUUGGAUUAUUUGACCCAUUGAGUCUGCUGCGCCUUUUCAUCACGGCUGAUCCAGCCCCAUUCUCCUGGUUUCUCACCGUAUCCCAAUGGUGAUAGAUGGUGGAGGUGUAGGAAUUUGCAUGGCUGUUUUUGCAGAAGAAAGUAACAUUUCUGAUCUUAGCUUCCAUUGGAAAGAAAAUUACUCGUGCAGUCUCUGCUCAAACUGUAACACAAUUUACUGCUGUGUAGCAUCUGUGAAGAAUAGCAAGCUGCUCAGAUAUGUCAUCCCUCCGCAUGAUGACAAGACUGAGUUACCUGCAUGUGUUGGAAGGAAUUGCAUUUCUAUGCUACAGCCUCAGAACAUCACAGUACUUUGCAAAGCCAAUUAACACCUUUUUGUCUGCAAUUGCGGAUACAGAUAGAAAAAUUGCUGAUGCACUUUAAUCUGGGCAGGUGAGGUGUUUGCAUUUUGCAAAUGUAGAGCGAGAGUACACAGUUAAUGUCAUGACCUUUAGCCAUGUUGGUAUGCAGAGGGCUCUUUAGAGCCAAGUCCAUAGCUCCUGGAAGUGCCACAGGGUGAGGGGCCUGUUUGGGUACUUUUAAUCACAUGUUAAAGGAGUGGAACAUUGAAAUGGGAAUUUCCAAUGAGCCCUUUAUGUAUUUAGCAUAGAUGUGUUUUGGAGAUGAUUGGAAAAUGAAAGGGAGACAGAAUGAAGAACAGUUGAGGAUAGUGUCAUUUGAUUCCUCAAGGUUGUCUUAGUCGGAGGAGGUGGUGCGGAUAAGCUCCCAUAUCUAUUAAAUUCUUCUAAUGCUGAGUGUCUCAAAUUACCUUUGACAACUAAGUCCAGCUCCUGGUAUUCAAGUAUGGGUUAGCUACUAAACUCAGCAGAACCAUUUUCUACUGACAGGAGAAGGGGCAGUUAUUGGCACCUUAAAAUCAGUCGCUUCAAUGUUCAUCAGCUGUGGUUUGCAGCUUGUCUAGGAGAAGGAAAAGUUCACUGCAUUGUGCUAUACCCACCCAUGGCGAAAGGCUUCAGGAGUAAACUCCAAGGGAAAAAUCCAGGGGCAGUCCUGCAUUGAGUUCAAUGGUGACUGGCGACUCCUGCAAUGCCACUGGUGCCAAACUGUUUCAGUUUCUGCUGUUACUGAAUUCAUCAACAGCAUGGGCGGGGGAGCCUGCUACAUGAGCAACAGCUUGCUCUCCGUAUUGUAUUGCCUGGUUUGCGUAUCACGUAAACAUCUGGAAUGCAAAACCCAUGGUCAACCCCAA